AUGUCUGAAUAUCCUCAUUCCUCCACUACAGAUCAACCCACGCGCUGUCCUGUGAACAAACUCAUCGGUGUGGAGUCUUACAACAGUCAGCCUUCACGAUUCUGAGCUGGAGGCUAUUUUUAGAAAGUUACGUCAGGGCUCAGCAGAGGGAGCAUCUCCCCUUCGGUACCGCGGAGAACCACCACCGUUCUCCGGCAGCGCGUGGACCGGAACCGCGCAGCACCACGUGACCCGGGAGCCCUGGACUGACCGAGCCCCUCACACCGCAUCAUGGCUGCAGAGGAUGCGGCCGCGCGGUCCCGACCCGGAGCUCCGGUGCUCGGCCGGGCUCCGCUGUCUCCGUCCCGCCUGCUGCUGCUCUGCCUCGGCGCCUGCACCGCCUUCCCGGCCCCGGCGCUCGGCUUGCUCGGCUUUCGUCCGGAGGAGACCGGGGCGGAGCUGUCCGUGGAGGACGGGGUGCUGAAAGCCACCGAAGGAACCCGCUUCAUGCUGCGGGUUUAUUACUCCACCUCCCCGCAGAGGCUCAACCGCACCGCCGGGACCCGCGCGAAUAACGCCGCGCCGUGGAUCGCCUUCAUCGAGGAGCCGAGUCCCGGACGAGAGGGGCAGGUUCACCCGAAGAGGAACAUGUGCAUGGACAAGAACGCCAGGACGUCCGACAUCGAGGUUCUGGGCUCUUUCAAGUCGGCUUCCAGCCAGAACUCGGUGCUGGUGGAGCUUCUGGCCAAAGACCUGCGGAGGGGGGAGAAGGUCAAGUACUACUCCAUGUGCGCCUUCGACGGAUCCAAGUGGGAACAUUACCGGACCAGGGAUUUCUGGGUGGCGGUGAAGGAGCGCUCGGCGGUCCCGGACCUGUGGCUGCAGGUGCUGGUGUCCGUGCUGCUGCUCGGACUCUCGGCUCUGUUCAGCGGGUUGAACCUGAGUCUGCUGGCGCUGGACCCGGUGGAGCUGCAGGUCCUCCAGAACAGCGGCACCGACAAGGAGCAGAACUACGCGCGGAAAAUCGAGUCCGUGCGUCGGCAUGGCAACUACGUCCUGUGCACGCUACUGCUGGGGAACGCCAUCAUCAACGCCUCCCUCGCGGUGUGGAUGUGCCAGAUCCUGGGCAUGACCUGGCUGUCCACGGUCAUCUGCGCCUUCGGGAUCUUCUUCAUCGGGGAGAUCCUGCCGCACUCCGUGGCGUCGCGUCACGGUCUGGCCAUCGCGUCCAAGACCAUCUGGGUGACGCGGCUGCUGAUGGUGCUCUCCUUCCCCAUCUCCUACCCCAUCAGCAAACUGCUCGACCUCAUCCUCAACCAGGAGAUCUCCAACUUUUACACCAGGGAGAAACUCCUGGAGAUGCUGCGCGUCACUGACCCGUAUCACGACCUGGUCAAAGAGGAGCUCAACAUCAUCCAGGGCGCACUGGAACUGCGCACCAAGACCGUGGAGGACGUCCUGACGCCGCUCACAGACUGCUUCAUGCUGGCCUCGGACGUGGUUCUGGACUUCAACACCAUGACGGACAUCAUGCAGAGCGGAUACACGCGGAUACCGGUGUUUGAGAAUGAGAGAUCCAACAUCGUGGACAUCCUGUUUGUCAAGGACCUGGCCUUUGUGGACCCGGACGACUGUACCCCCCUGAAGACCAUCACCCAGUUCUACAAACAUCCACUGCACUGCGUCUUCAACGACACCAAACUGGACGCCAUGCUGGAGGAGUUCAAGAAAGGAAAGUCCCACCUGGCCAUCGUGCAGAGGGUGAAUAACGAAGGCGAGGGCGACCCUUUCUAUGAGGUGAUGGGUAUCGUCACCUUGGAGGAUGUCAUCGAGGAGAUCAUCAAGUCGGAGAUCCUGGAUGAGACAGACCUCUACACCGAUAAUCGCACGAAGCGUCGCGUUUCUCACCACGAGAGGAAGCAGCAGGAUUUUUCCAUCUUCAAACUGUCAGAGAAUGAGAUGAAAGUCAAGAUUUCACCUCAGCUCCUCCUGGCUACGCAUCGCUUCCUCUCCACAGAGGUGGAACCCUUCAAACCAGCUCACAUCUCAGAGAAGAUCUUACUGAGGCUCAUCAAACAUCCCAGCGUCGUCCAAGAACUCAAAUUUGAUGAAAAGAACAAGCGAGCGUCGCAGCACUUCCUUUUUCAGAGGAACAAACCAGUGGACUAUUUCAUUCUGGUGCUGCAGGGUCGUGUGGAGGUGGAGUUCGGUAAAGAGGCGCUGAAGUUUGACAACGGAGCUUUUUCUUACUUCGGGGUACCUGCUAUCAUGCCGACAGUCCACAGGUCUCCGUCUCGCAGCAGUGGUUUGGACCGGUCUGAGUCCAUGUUGUACGGUGGAAGCAUGGGUCAGCUGAACGGAGGGGGCGGAGUCUACCUUCCAGACUACUCCGUCAGACAGCUCACACACCUGCAGAUCAUCAAGAUCACUCGGAGCCACUACCAGAACGCUGUGACGGCCACCAGGAUGGACAGCUCCCCUCAGACCCCCGACGCCGACACCCGUCCCACCGACGGCAACACCCCGACCCCUGAGCCCCCGGCCUCGGAGCAGACCGCCAGACUCCUGCCCCCCGACCCCACUGCUGCCGCUACCACCCUGAUGCCCCCCCCCAGGGAGCCCGGCCGACCCAGCUCCGCCCGAACCCGCACACAACAGUCCAGCGUCCCACACAGCACCUCACUGCUGAACGAGAAGAAUCGCAUCGUCCGCAGUAAGUCUGACGGCCAGAAGAGUCCCAGUGAUUCAGUGUUUCUCAGGAUGGAUGAGAUCCCCUACAUCAGAGAGGACAGAUCUGAGACUGACACACAGGCUGACAUGGCCUCUGUUCCCAUGGAAACGGACACGUCUCCUUUCAUCAGCAGCCUAUCGCUGAGCGGCUCAGAGGACACGCUGGGCAAGAAACUCCUGCUCAAACUCAGCCACAAGAAGAGGAAAAAAUCUCGUGAAGGAGAAAAGACACCAGAGGACAUUUCAGAGCAGCCGCUGGUGAAAACCUAGCAGAGCCUGAACUCCAUCAGCUGAUGGAUCUACAAGGUGUUUGUACAGGUAUCAGAGUUUUAUCUGAGAACUACUCAGUCCACACACACCCCCGCUGCAGGAAAUUAUAAAUUGGACCUUUCACCAGGAAUGUAACGAACACACGGAUGGAAGAGACCAUUUUAUGGACGAACGUGGGGGGGGCAGCUUUGGCAAUAUGCAUCAACUUCUCAUCUUUACUGUUUUUUCAUGCUGAUGCUCGGUAUAUAAAGGAAUGACUGUGAAUGUAAGAAGUUUGUAGAAUAAAAAUAAGACGUUUUAUAUAAUACAUACAGUAUUUACUCUCCUCAUGACUUGUCCAACGGAGCUAAAGGGAGAGGUUUUAAAGAGGAAACAGAAGGAAGACACCAAAGACGCUGCAGUUUUGUUCGUAUUCCUCCACGAAGAACAACAGAAUUGAAGGAAUCUUGUUUAAGUUCAGGUUUUACUUGAUUAAUGUUCGCUGAGUAUAUUUAGUCUUCUUCUUUACGACGGUAAAGAUAAACAAAGGCGUUCAUUUUGGCUUUUGCGUAUGAA